GCGAUUUAGGCAGCCGACAGAUGGUGCUGCUGAGGGAGGUCUCUUUCCGCCGGGGGAGCAGCUUGUGCUCCCAGACGCCCACCGCCGGGUCUAUGAAGGUGUGAUCCAUUGGGCGGGAAAACAAACCGAAAUCUGUUUUGAAAGGAAGACAGUGCACGUGCGGGGCAGCGAAGUCGCCGAGCGAGGAUUCACGUGGUUACAGUCACGUGAUAACAGGGCGGGGGGGUAACAUCACGUGCCCCACAUGCCGCUCGCUCAUUGGGAGGUCGCUCUGUGUGAGACGGCUCUCCUCCUACCCAACACACCCAAACUGGACGUGUCUGUGAGGUGGUCCCGGCCCGAAACUUCAGUGACGGUGUGUUAGCCGCGCCUGGUCAGUAUCGAUGACUCGUGGGAAGGAACAGCCGGGAAGAGGCUGCCGUUUUUGAAAGUUGUGUUGGUUUUCUUUCCUGAGGUGUGGGGCCACAUCUGAGUCUACUUCCUGUUGAUGUUUCCUCAUAGCUGGAAAUGGACGACCUAUCCCCGCUCUAACACUCGCCCAAAAACAAAUCUCUGAUUUCGUAUUUUAAUCGGUAGGCGGCGGAGGGAGGCUUUGCCUUUCAUGUUCAAAUAACAAGUUGCAUUUGUGUUGUGCCUGUAUCGUCGACCAACAUCCUGGAACGGCUUCACCGAGACACUCAAAUGUCAACUAACCAAAAGAAACGUUAGGAAGGAGUGAUUAAGAGUUUGGACAGAGAUUGCUAACUGGAAUGCUUUGGUAGAAAAACUCGAGAGCCAUGAAGAGAAAUAAACAGUGGAAUGUCAGCAAAGCGCUGGCCCUUGCCAGUCUCUAUCAUUUUCUUCAUAGUGCAGCAGCAGCCUGUGUAGUUCCAUUCCUUACUAUAUACUUCAGGCAGCUUGGAUUGACUGCACAAUUUGUUGGCAUUAUCAUGGGAGCAAAGUGUUUUAUUUUCAUGCUUUGUACUCCAUUUUGGUCUUACUAUGCUGGGCGCCAUAACAAAAGGAGAAUUCUUAUCCUUGGUUCCUUGUUGUUGUCAGUAGGAGCAGGCCUUCUAUUCACACUCAUUCCACCUAUAGAUAAGGAAAUAGGAUACAAAUUCUGUAACAAAAGUUUGUAUAUAAAAAACGGUUGGAAGCAAAAUGCAAGACCAGAAGACAAACACCGUAUUGGUGAUGUGAAGAUGAAUAAAUUUGCACAUACCAUUCUUCCAACAGUAGUGAAUGCUGCUUUAACUAGUCAUCCUCGUUCAACACUCCAAGCUGAAAUUAAAGAAGACCUCCAGGUGUUGACCACUGUUGAAACAGCUAUUGCAAAUAGAAUCAGCUCUCUUAAACAAUCACAGAACACUGAACUGAGCAAUAUUAUACAUUCAUAUGUCUCUACUCCAUCAGAAGAUAUUGGUAGUACGCAAACUACAGAUGAUUAUCUCCAAUCAAAGUGGAACCAACUCCUACAGAUUAAAGACUCUGGCCAUGUAGGAACCAUGGCAGAAAGUGCCACGCAUUUUCCUGUUAAAGAAGAUAACAAGAAGAAAAACAUCACUUCAGAUGUUUAUUCUAGUUCAGUUAACAGUCACAUCAUGAAAGGGGAUGCUCUUUUGAAGGUUGGCUCUGAAAACCGAUUAGAAAAGCAGCGCAUCAGCACGGAGUCUGAUCACAGUUUUAAAAUUCUGGAUAACCAACAUCAGACACUUGUGCUGCUUUUGUUAGCUGUGUCUUUAUGGGAGGUUCUGGCAUCAGCUUUGGAGUGGAUUGCAGAUGAUGGGCUCUAUGACUAUCUGGACUUUGUUGACUCUGUUGACCGUUAUGGCAAACAGUGGAUUUGGGGUUACUUGGGCACAGCUGGAGCAGCUCUUAGUAUUGGGAUUGUUGUGGAUAGGCUUGACUGUUUUAUUAAUGCAUAUACUUCUAGGAUUGCAGUGCACUUUUAUGGUUAUGCAGCAUUGAUUACGUUGACACUACUUGUUGGUGUGUUCUACCCAAUUCACACAGCUAGGAAAAAUGACAUGAUAAACCACACCAUCAAAGGAUUGCACCUGCUGGGAGGUGAUGGAAGGGCUAUGUUAUACGUGAUCACAGUCUUUAUUAUGGGAGCUAUUAGAUCUACAAUAAAUAACUUCCUGUUCUGGCAAAUGCAGGACAAUGGGAGCGGCGAGGCCUUUAUGGGUGUUGCUGUAGCAAUUGGAUUUAUAGCUGAAGUUCUACUUUAUCUUUUCAAGGACAGAAUGUUAAAGAUUUUUUCAUUCUCUGGAUCAGUAACCUUUGGACUAAUAUGCCUUGCAGCCCAGGUGCUCUACUAUUCAUUCCUCUGGUCCUCUUGGGCAGUGUUGCCUAUUCAAAUCCUAAAUGCUUUUAGCAAUGGUGCCUUAUGGUGGGCUGUUUGGGGUCAAGCUAAUGAUAUAGCUACUCCUGGUAUUGAAAGAACACUCCAUAAAAUCUACCAUAUUUUAUCCUUUGGUCUUGGUGCAAGCAUUGGCAGUUUUUGCAGUGGCUUCAUUGUGAACAGUUUUGGCAUAGAAAGACUCUAUCAAGCAUGCUCUGCUACUGCUCUGGUUUGGUUAGUGGUCUUCCUCAUUGCACAGUCAAAAAUUCCACGGCAAAAGAGAUUAAACUAUUCACGACUUUUAGCAGCUGAUACCAGUGAUAUGAGUGACUCAGAUGAUGCGCAAGAUUGGCUUGUUACAGCUCUGAAAGGUGACUUUGUACAGAAGUAACAAGUCUUACUAAGUUAUCUUUUUUAAUCCAUUGCCUGUUAAGGAAUCUUUAUAUUUGGCACAUACGCUGGUUGUUUCUUUAAAGUCUAAGCCAAAGCGGGCAUCUAGAAUCUAAAUUUUUAGAUGACAAUUUAAUAAUCCAGUUAAGGUUAAACAAUUUAUACUUUGAGAUUAGUAUACAAAUUCUGUUUUCAUGGUUUUAUUUCAAGGUGGCUGUUUUAGGUGCAAAAUUAUAGGUUAGAGAUUUAUUUUUAAAGAGGUAAAUUAUGGGAAUUUGAUUUUUGAAUAAAUGAGAAUAUUUGUUUUGAGAUGGAAGCAUUCUUUCAGUAGUUCUCAGGUCAUAACAACUACAAUGACUGACUAGAUGUUGCCUAGAGGGGUGUCUUCAGUAAAUUUAAUGUAAAGUUGUUGUAUGACAUACUUCUAUGCCUACUCAUUAAAAUACAGUGAAUGCCAACAGUGCCAGAAUUACUCUGGAUUGACUUUUUUUUCAUCCAAUGCUUGAAAUGAGACGGGAUGGUAAUAGAGAGCUCCCAUUUCUGCUGUACCUAAUGUACAAAUAAUUGAAAUAGGAAAAUUACCUUUAUACAGCAUUUUAAUCAUGCACUCAUUCAUUUGUUGUCACUGCAGGCUUAGUGGGACUACUGUUUGUCAAGUAUUGUCAAGUUUCUUUCUGGCUUUCUUAAAGCCUCUGUCAACAUCUCCAAUGUUAUCCAUCCCAUCUUUUUUAUAAUGUCUACUGUUUUUAUCAUUUUUCUGUCAUUUUAUGGGAGAUCAAGCUGUGUCUAUCUUUGUUUCCAAUUUCUGCUUGGUUGUCUAACUACUUAGUGAUCCUUUUGAAUCAUAAACUUACUUUUUUAGUUUAAACCAAUCUUGUCUUUCUGUUCAACUGAUUCUGAGCAUCCACUGCUGUACCACAUUUCGUUUAUUAUCCUCCUUUCACCAUCUUCAGAGUCUACCUCUUGUAUCCAUAGUGCAACACCCUACAGUAGUGAGUGGACUAGAUGUUUUUCCAGAUUCGUGCUGAUGUUUUUGGAGUUUAAGACAUAAGUUUAGAUCACUGGUCUUGUCUUUUGCAGCUAAUCUAACCCUGUACUUCAUUCUUGGAAGUAACUUUGAAGUUUAUAAUUAAGUGAAUAUAUUUGAAUGUCUUUUUUUUAUUGCAAACCAGUACUUCCAAUUUUGACUUCGUUGCCAUUUAGUACCCUGCUGUUGGUCUUUGCCUCAUUUACAAUCAAUCCAAAAGAUACUGUCUUUUGACCAGGCCUUCUCUGGUUUGUAGCUUUUUUAUUGACAUCAUAUGCUCUGAUGUCCUAUAAUGUGGCUCUAUCUCUCAUAACUCUUCCUCCACCAUCCUAAUUGUUUUUUCUUAUUAUAACACCCUCACCACAUUCCAAGAAUGCAACUUAUCCAGUUCAUUACUUACUUAGUCUUUGUCUCACCUUUUUCAUGAUUCUCUUUAUUUUCUACCACACUCCCCAAUACUGGGGAUGCCAGUGGAAGCUAUCCACAGCCAAUGUAUAGUUGCUGUAAUUUUGUUGGAAGAUGCUUCGAGCAGUAAUUUUUAUUGAAGUUCACUGUUUAAACUAAUUCCCACCAAAAAGGGUAUGAUAUGGAGGAAGAUAAAUGUUGAGCUUGUUUUUUCUUAAAAAAUGAGAUGAGAAAUUCCAUAAUUUGUGCUAUUAAUAUUUUAAACUACACUUGGAUAUUUGGAAAUCUUGGAGAAAUUACAGUAUGACAUGUUUGUCUUGGUAGAUUUUCUUCUUGUUAGGGAUUUUGAUCAAUAGAUAUUAUACUCAGGUUAGAUUCUAAAUUAAAAUGGAAAAUGCUGAAGAUGCAAAUGCUAACAGACUGGUAUUGCAAGCAAAAGGACGAUGUUUGUUUAAAACAAUCAGAAUUGGUGCCAUGUGAACAAAGGAAAAAAAUCAUAAACGUCAUGUACAAAUUUGCCAACUGUAGUUUAAAAACAAGCAGCUAUUACCUUUCUUACAUAAACCAGGAAAUGAUUUAAGUGCAAGUGAUUUUUUUCUGUCUAAUCAGUUAAGCAUUUAAUGACAUUAUGCUGCAGCAAGUGUUUUCUCUGUAAUACCAAGGAUGCAAUUGAGUCAGUAAUCAACAGGUCAAUAAGUAUGUUUAGCAUGUGUGGAUUGAUUAUUUUGUCAGCUUAAAAUAGAUUUAUUCUUCUCAUGGAAUACCUGCUUAACAGGUGGUUGGUGGUGACUCAGUUCUUAAAGCUUGUAUUAAGCAACUGUACAAACACUAAGUUUGCAUUUUUAAUAUCUGGCCCUUUUAUUGAGUUAGUUGAUCAAACUGCACUAAAGUCUGAAUUGUUAGGAAGUCUGCCUGAUAAUUUCAGUUCUUGACUGUGAUUCAGUAAUGCCUUGCUAUAAAGAACACGAUUGAGUAUUUGAUGAGGAUAGGAUUGACUGGUCCUUUUUUUCAUGCCACUGUUGAGAUAACCUGAUAGCCUUGAGUAGACUGACCUGAAGAAUGACUGCUUCAAUAAAAUUCCAGGAAGAUAUAAUUGUUAAUUGUAUGGUAUGCCAUAAUGAAUCAUUGAUUUCCAGACAGGGAAUUUUUCAGAUAAAACUGAAAUGGAGAACCUCAGUAAAUGCACAUUCUCUGAGUACUUCUGCGAUAUAUUUUAAGUUGCAAGUUUUGCAGGAAAUUGCUGUUGACGGAGAAUCAAAAAGCACAAUAGGAGGCCAUUUAACUCCAAGUACAUUUGAAAGAACUAUUUCCCUCACCAUAAUGAUUAAGACCUUUGUCGUGUCAGUGAGGCCAGCUGUAUGCAGUUUCAGAAAAACCUUUUCUGUUUUCACACUGGCUUCCUUUGUCAUUCAAACUUGUGGAACUUGAAGUGAGGGAACGGUUUAAAAUUUAUGAUAUUUUGUUUGGUUUUUUUAAUGUAAAACUUUCUAGAUGUUAUUACUGCCUUCCCAAUCCAGUAGAACAGAAUAUUCUCAGCUGUUAGGUCAGGCAAUGAGCUAAUCUGUUUCAAGGACCAAUAUUACUUCAAAACUUUACUAGGAGUAAACUCUGCUUCAUACACCCCAGCUAAGAAUCUUCCAUUUUUCAGUACUGUAUGUGAGUACAUUAAUGAAACAUGUCAAUUGCACGAACAAUAAAUGUAAAGUUUCUUUUUUGAAAGAGGCCAUACAAUAAAACUCUACAUUGGUUGUUUAUGAGGGAGCACAGGGAUGAGAAAUGUUCUUAAUUUGCAAAAUUGAUUUGUUUUGACAAGUUUCACAUACAACUUGGAACAGAAUCUUCGCAAAGCUUUAUGCCUUGGCCUAUUAACAUGCAAACUAAUUGCAUAGUUCGGAGAGUGGUGAAUUUCCUUAAAGAAUCAACAUUCCAACAUUAGUGCAUUGAAAUAUACUGUACCGUUGUAGUUGCAGUUGUAAACAAAAUAGUGUAUAAUAUCUGAACUCAGUUUAAAUGUUUCCCUUUUACAAAUCAGCACUGUGGUUGUUUUUCAUUUGAAUGCUGAAUACACUUUUUGGGAAAAAUGUUUUGCAUUUUGAGAUGGCUGCGUUUGUAUAUAUUAACAUUUCAUUCAAAUGGAAAAGGAAAGCACUUACAGAAAAAAAGUGAUCUUUCAUUAAAGAAAAAAUUCUUAAUUCUUGGAA